CCCUCUCCUUCCAGGUUGGUUCAGCCCCCGUCUACUCCGGGGUGGUGCUUAGCCGGCGCCAGACCGACCCUCGACUUCGGAGGGGCAGCGCUGUGCCUCUGGGCGCUUCCUCAGCCGCCACUUCGGCUCCUUCAGCCCCGUCGGCCUCCGCGGCCUCCUCAGCCCCCGCCGGGACCCGGGACGUCGGUGUAUGCCCCACCCCUGACCCCGCUAGAGAUAUGUCCACCCCGGCUCGGCGGCGCCUCAUGCGGGACUUCAAGAGGUUGCAGGAGGAUCCCCCGGCCGGAGUCAGCGGGGCUCCGUCCGAGAACAACAUAAUGGUUUGGAACGCGGUCAUUUUUGGGCCUGAAGGGACCCCGUUUGAGGAUGGAACAUUCAAGCUUACAAUAGAAUUCACCGAAGAAUAUCCAAAUAAGCCACCGACAGUUAGAUUUGUCUCCAAGAUGUUCCAUCCAAAUGUCUAUGCAGAUGGUAGUAUAUGUCUGGACAUACUUCAGAACCGUUGGAGUCCAACCUAUGACGUGUCUUCCAUUUUAACAUCCAUACAGUCUCUGUUGGAUGAACCCAAUCCCAAUAGUCCAGCAAACAGCCAGGCCGCCCAGCUGUACCAGGAGAACAAGCGGGAAUAUGAAAAACGUGUGUCUGCGAUAGUAGAACAGAGCUGGCGUGACUGUUGACCCGGGUGCAGCGCGAAGGAAGAGGCUGCUCAAGAGAAAAAGUCUAUAUUGACGUGUCUGUCACCUUCCUAUUCUUCGGUGUCAUUACAUUUACUUUAUUAAAAGCAAAAUAGCUGUUGUGCCGUUUCCAUCUACCCCUGCCGAGCUUUUCUUACCCCUUCUCCCCUCUCCUUGAACAUCAGAAAACACCCUCUCUGAGAUCAAAUGUACUGUACCUGGGUUACGUGCAGAAUUUGCUAACGCUCACUUCCUUUUCUGUUGUGUCUCAUCUCCGGUUUCAGGGCUGCAUUGUGCUACCGUGCUUUACACUAAGCUUUUAAAGUGAAUCGUUACACAAGUGGCACUUGCACACAGCUCGGCGCCCAGGGUGUUAUUUUUAACAAAAUGAUUCCUGGCCGACCCUUCACUCGUGUUGGAGUUAGACAUGAGUGCUUGGAACAUGGCCCAUGGCAAACAGGGGAACUGAUCCAUGUAAACGGCCAUCCCGAAAGAGCGCUGGAAGCCCAAAAUGUUAGGACGGUAAGAUCUAACCAGUAUGAAUUACAAGAUGCUUUUUACCAGCAGGAAGGGGACAGUUAAAGGGCGCCACCAAAGGCUGGCCGCAGUCGUGGUGACUGACACCGCCUUUCCUUGUGGGAUGCCCACUGGGCUCGCCCAUGCUAAGUUUCAGAAGCCUAAAGUCAUUUCCUGCCUGGGUUUUGGCUUUUUAAAGAGGCGUGGGAACACAGGAAUGAAUUUUGAAGCUAGGGAAGGUUGGAGAUCCUUUCAUCUUUUUAAAGGAGCAGUGCUACCCUAGAUAGACUUCUAAUUCCCCCAUCAUUUUUUUAGUGUUUUAGGGAACCCAAGGAAGGGAGCCCAUCUGUGGCAAACUAUUUUUCCACUUGACUCCUGAGUUCUUGCUGCAUGCUGUAGUUUCUUCUUCCCUUUCAGUAUUAUAAGGACCUUCAAGUCAACGUUCGUGAUUUUCCUGUGGACAUUUAUACUUUAGACAGGCAGUGCGUUUAAGCCGCAGCGUGGGACGGGGCUUAUACACGUUUCGUCUGACAUUCCCAUCGUCACCUUUUGUGCGUUUGUCACUCUUCUGAAUCGAACUUUGCACAAGUAACCCAUGUAAAAAAAUGUACAUUUUUCAAACCUUGUAAAUAAAAAUAACCUUAAAA